GAUGGAAAAAAAAAUAUGCAAGAUAAAAACAAUGAACACAUGUCCAUUGUUAAAGACAUAAAAGUAAAGAUUUCUCCAGAUAGUAUAGAAAUUACAUGGGAAUUUGAUUUUGACUAUAAUCUAACCAAAAUAAAUGUAACUUAUAAUGGAAUGCCCAAUAUUUUUGACAUACAAGGCAAAAUUAGUUUAUAUAAAACUAAUUCAAUACCAUUCUAUCCUAAUACUAAAUACAGUAUAUGCUUAUUGCCACAUAAUGGUAGAACCCUAAUAGAUAGGUAUUGUAUAUACAAAAUGACAGAUUUUCCACUUCCGAUAAUAGAUAACAGUUCAGUGGAGUGCAGCAAAAUUAAUAUAAAUAUAAAAAAUAUUGUCACUACAGCCGAAAACUUAUUAUAUUUAUACAAAUAUGAAAAUACUACGAAUAUACCAGAAGAUAUCAAGUGGAGUGAGAAAUCUCAUCUGUUCGAACAAGUUAUAAAUCUCACCAAAAAGGAGCAACAUGUUAUGUUCGUAAACAAGGAUCACGAAGUAGCCAUAGUCCUCAAAAGAACAUAUGGAAAUGAUAUACACUACAAAUUUUUAUACCGUUUCGAACCAAAAAAAUGUGCAAUUGCAUUUAAUAAUUUCAAAUAUAUUACAGCUGCGAUUCCAUUGGUGAUCAUUCUAUGCUGUAUUAUAUAUAUUUAUAAAUUAAAAAAAACAACAAUAGCCAUUUCACCAGAUACGUUCGUCAUGACAGAUGUUGUUCAUGAUAUUUAUUACAAGAAAUUUAAUAACGAAGAAUUAAAUGAUUUCUUAUUAAGCCAUGAUGCGUCGAGUUUUAUUAUACUUGAACAUACGAAUAUACCCCAACCGAAAUCCGUGUUCGUCGGUUCAAAAUACCCGAAGAAGAAUCGUUAUGUAAAUGUUUUACCAAAUGUCAACACUGUAGUUAAAUUAACUGGAGAUUCGGAAUAUAUAAACGCCAAUUACAUUAAGGAUUAUAAAGAUGAAAAUAUGUAUAUUGCGACUCAAGGACCGUUGAAAACUACAUUCACGGACUUUUGGAGAAUGGUGUGGCAAGAAAGCGCUUCGAUUAUUGUUAUGUUGACGAAUUUAGUGGAGAAUGAUAAAGCGAAAUGUGAGAAGUAUUGGCCGGAGGAAAGGACCGCCAAAAAGUAUGGAUACAUUAAAGUGUACUGCAAAAAGUCGGUUAAGUAUUUGGAUUUUGAAGUCAGGACAUUUAAUCUCACAUUAGGCGAAGAUGUAAAAGACGUGGUUCAAUAUCAUUUUACAACAUGGCCCGACAACAGCGUGCCAAUAAGACCCCCGAGUUUGGUAAAUUUCCUUAGAAAAAUAAUUUCUGUUCAAACAUUUCCAAUUGUUGUGCACUGCAGCGCCGGUAUUGGGCGAACUGGAGCUUUCAUACUAUCUCACAGUGCUUUCACCAUGGCAAAAGAAAUUAAGAAAGUGGAUUUUCCAUUGUUGUUAAUGAAACUUCGGUCGUGUCGCAGCUGUAUGAUCAAGGAAAAGUUGCAAUAUCAAUUAUGCUACUGUGUCGUGAAUGAAUUAAUAAACAGUAGUCCAUCUGAGAUACUCGAGGUUGAUUUAAACCCUCAAUUGUCGGAGAGACAACAUUUGAUUCAUUCAAAAGCAAUUGUUGAUAAUCAUGAUUACUGGUUGGACAUCUUGGGUAGAUAUAUAAAUCCAAGUUACCAAAACAACAUUGAUAAAAACAGAUCUAAACAUGUCUUCAAAAGCCAUUUGUAUUUUAUUUAUCUUGAAAGAAACAUCGAUGAAUCUCUUGGCGACUAUAUUAAUGCUGUUCGCAUAGAAUCGCGUUUGAUUUGUGCACAGCAACCUUUGCCAACAACAAUCUGUGAUUUUUGGCGUCUCGUAGAUGAAACGAAAGCAUCACUGAUAUAUUCUUUGCAUAAUAUUGAAUCCAAAAAUGAUUGUCCCUAUUUUUGGCCAACAAAAACCGAACAUAAAUUAAAGCCGACAACUUACAUCGAAAUAUCUUUACUAUCAGAAAGUGAUAACGAAAUCUACAGUGUCAAACAACUGAAGCUGAUGAAUAAAAGGAAUAAAAGUUCGCGAUCAAUUCAGUUGGUUGAAGUCAAAUGUUGGCCUAGGGAUACAUUGCCAACAGUUACUAACUUCCAAAAAGUCUAUAAACAUUUCAUCAGUAACGCUCGAAAAUCAAAGAUACUUUUAACGUGCAGUGAUGGAGCAACAGGGUGCGGAAUAUUCUUAACUUGUUUUUACGUCCAUUUAAAACUAAUGCAGGAGAAAGUUUAUGAUGUUUGUUAUGUGGCCAGAGCGUUAAGAUUUCAUCGAGAUGAUUUCAUGAGGAAUUUGGAGCAUUACAUGUUUGUAUUUGUGGCUACAAGAAAUCAAUUAUUGGUAGAUGAAGAAGAGCGUAAUGAUGCUGCCAGUAUGGGUGAUUACACGAAUUUGUUGUCACUUUCAAUGUAUGAAAACGUUUGAUAGAUUACAUUAUUUUUCUAUAAGUAGUAAAAUGGAAACAUUAUUAAAUGAAUACUGAUAAGAUCUUAAAUAAGCCACGACAUGAUACCAUUUAAAUAAUGUUAGUUAUUGUCAAAUUUCUGUCUAACUCAUUUUUAAAGAUAUAAUAGCCACAUGUAUAUACGCGUGAAAGAUGAUGAAAAUGGAUAGGCUUGUUUAUGAUAGGUGUAUCAACAUUUUAACCAGUAAAAUGAAUUUAUAAUUUAUUGAUAUUUAAAACAAAUAGUUAAAUAA